AAAACAAGACCACGAAGAAGAAGGUUGGACGUCGAGUGCCGGAAAGGCCACGAUCACUUCUGUGCGCCCUUUCCCCUUUCUUGUAGGAACCAAAACGUUUUACAUAAGUCACUCAUUGAAAUUAUUUAUGCCACUUUUUAGUUGGAUCUACCGAACGGGACGGAUUCAGAAGAGUCUUUUCAGCGGGACAUUGGCUUUCAUAUUUUGACUCUUCCUCACAUUUUCACCCUUUCCAAACGGAUCGUCAUGGCUGAUGAGUUUGAUGUUGAGGCCAUGCUGGAGGCGCCAUACAGAAAGACUUCCCUAAUGAUAUCUCACCUCUACUCCCAUGAAUUCAUCUUUGAUUCCACUGUGAACUGUGAAAAAAAGGAAGGUAGUUAUUGUGCAUAUACUGAUGUACUGUGGUUCACCAUAGGAAUAAAAGAGAUUCGACCUAAAACACCCAGGCCCUGUUCGGUUACGACAAGGUGAAUACAAAUGAGUGACAGGCCCGUCUUACCUGGCCAGCAAAGUUGGCAGUAUUCAGAUUUAUAACAUGCAUGUACAGCUCAACAGAUGGUAAUAGGAAGGCUGUCCAAGAUUGUACCUGUACUUUGACAACUUUGGAAAGUAGCUAGGGAUCGACCGUCUUAUGAUUAAGACUUAGAACCGUGCCAGUUUCAUCCUUACGUUGUUAAACGUGUUUCUUUUACUGAUAAAUAUGAAUACUGCCCCUUUGCCUCAUUCAGCCUGAAUGUGUAUCAGCAUCGUGAUUUUGCAUGCUACACAACACCAGAUAUGAAUAUAGCAAUACUUCUAUUUAUAAUUUGUAUAUUCACUUGGCAUACUUUAAGUCAAGACGCCACAAUGGCACACCCUAAGACAAUAGUAUCUCGUGGAAGGUUUUUUUUUUUUGUUUUCAAUAUCAAUUUCUUUUUCUUGGGCGUCAAUAUUACUAAGAAGUGUGAAUCCCUGUUUGCUUCAGGGCAAGAUGUGUGACAGAGGUGGCAUCGAGCUCUUACAAUCCAAGAACGAAAAUGGGUGAAGAUCACUGGACUGACACCAACCACAAAGGAUCUCUUUUAGCGACCCCCGCAUCUUGCGUGGUCACAUGUUUAGGCACAAAUAGUGACAUUGGAUGAGGUCAAGUCUUCUCAUGCAAACGGACAUGAUGGUCACAACAGGAGGAAGAGGCGCAGCAAGAGCAGAAGCCCAGGCUCCAAGAAAAGAAGGAGCCGGAGCCGAAGCAAAGACAGAAAAAAAGCUAAGAAGAGGAGCAAGAGCCGAGAAAGGAAGCCAAGCCGCAGUAGGGAACGUCCUCGAAGCAGAGAGCGAGCUGGGCGCUACAAAGCUCGAAAGAGCCCAAUACGCAAGCGUUCCAAAAGUCGCACUCCUGUCAAGAAGGAGAAGAGUCCAGUCAGGCAACCAAUUGACAAUCUAACGCCAGAGGAGCGAGAUGCCCGCACAGUUUUCUGCAUGCAACUGGCUGCUAGAAUCAGAGCCCGAGACCUGGAGGAUUUUUUCUCGGCUGUUGGAAAAGUGCGAGAUGUGAGAAUGAUAUCGGACCGGAAUUCACGGAGAUCGAAGGGGAUCGCCUACAUUGAGUUUGUGGAGUCGUCCUCGGUGCCCCUGGCUAUCGGGCUGACGGGCCAGCGGCUUUUGGGAGUGCCCAUCAUUGUCCAGGCCUCUCAGGCUGAGAAAAACCGGGCUGCCGCGGCGGCCAAUAAUCUUCAGAAAGGCAGCGCGGGGCCAAUGCGGCUCUACGUGGGUUCGCUGCACUUCAACAUCACUGAGGAAAUGCUGCGAGGGAUCUUUGAGCCCUUCGGAAGGAUUGAAGGAAUUCAGCUCAUGAUGGACAGCGAAACCGGACGUUCCAAAGGAUACGGCUUUAUAUCAUUUGCAGAUGCCGAGUGUGCAAAAAAGGCCCUGGAGCAACUGAACGGCUUUGAGCUGGCCGGCCGGCCAAUGAAGGUGGGCCACGUCACGGAGCGCUCGGACGCCUCCACCGCAAGCUCGUUCCUGGAUAACGAUGAGCUAGAACGGACCGGCAUCGACCUCGGCACCACGGGACGACUGCAGCUCAUGGCUAGACUUGCUGAAGGAACGGGUCUAAAGAUUCCCCCGGCUGCUCAGCAGGCGCUACAGAUGACCGGCUCGGCGUCUUAUGGAAACAUGGCCACCCCAGCAACUCCUACGCCGAGCCAAGCUUUAAACCUACCAUCUCAGCCACUGGCCACUCACUGCCUUCAGUUGUCCAACCUCUUCAACCCGCAAGCGGAAAACGAUCCCAGCUGGGCCAUCGAGAUCCAAGAUGAUGUCAUCGAGGAGUGUAACAAGCAUGGGGGAGUCGUUCACAUUUAUGUUGACAAGAACUCUGCUCAGGGUAACGUGUAUGUGAAGUGUCCCUCCAUACCAGCAGCAAUGGCCUCUGUAAAUGCGCUUCAUGGACGCUGGUUUGCAGGGAAAAUGAUCAAGGCGGCCUAUGUUCCCUUACCAACCUACCACAACCUUUUCCCGGAUUCAGUCACAGCGAAGCAGCUUCUAAUGCCAACGCGUCGAUAGUGAGGCAUGCUUCUGAUCAUCAGUGUAAAUACUUUUUUUUUGCAUUGAUUAAAAUGUCUUUGAAAAGGCCUCAUUGAAGUUGGUUGGCUCAAGUUUGUAUGUAUGCCCUCUCCAAAAAAAUAAGGGCCACUUUGAGUUUCCUUUGUGGCUUUGUGCUGUCAAGUACCACUGAAGAAAUCUGCAGAUCUGUUUUUAAAUAUUCCCGUCUCAUCUGCUUGUUUCCUUGAGUACUUGUAGAUUGAAAACAAAUAGGAUUACAUAAAUGUGUUGGAAUAUUGGGUCUUGAAUACCAAAAGUAUAUCAAUGUUAACAAAAUGCUUUGUAAUUUUUUACAGACAUUCAUUUUUAGUAUGAAGGCUCCCAAUAAACUAUUUGAAAACAA